AUUAGAAAACAACUUUGUAAGUUAUAGUCAAUGAAGUGUAGUGAUUUGGAUUAUUUCUCUGGAAACCAGGGUUCUGGAAACCAGUGUGUGAAUCCGUACUUGGUCAUGGAAACCCACAAUGUGAACUUGGGCAAGUCACAUACUUGAAGAAAUACACCAAAGAGCAAAGUAUCUAUUUGUACACCAGUACAAAGUACCCGAGGCUCAUGCGGGGAGAAAGAGAUCUACUAAUGACGUGCCAAAAAUAUCCUAGCAAUAUUACUCAAUAUUGAUAUUCUGGGUUAUUGUGGGUGUGGCUGCAGUACAAAUACGGGGAAACUUCCUCUUGUAAGUUGAUAUGACCUGGAGAAUAUACAGCUGCAGUUCCAUCCAUAUAUUCUGUCCUGGAAAGAAAAAACUCUGGAGACAUCCUGAAUAAGCCUUCUUGUCCAGAGGUAGAAUAAUCUGGAAAAGUAGGCUAGCAACUUAUAUUUAGACAACAGAUAAGCUAACAUGAAGUUAACUUUUGAAGAACAAACAAAGCUGAUUGUAGAAGAAUUGCUUUGCGACAAUUCUGGAGCAACUUUUCGUAGCCUGCAUGCCUCAGCUUCCAGAAGUGAUACAGAUAGCUCUGCAAGCUCUUUUGAUCCAAAAGCUAUUGCCAGCACCCUACGAGAACUUGGAGAUAAGUUUAAUGUGGAGGUAGAGAGCCAAGCCCAAGCAAUUGUUGGACAGAGCAACAUGCUGGAGAAAUUCAAGGAAAUUGCAGACUCACUCAGUCGGAAAGCUGCGUUGGAAUAUGGGAAAGCUUUUCUAGCUGUGUCUGUUAAGUUGUUCCUGUGCCUUGCACAGAGUACUGAAGUCGAGCCACACUUACUCGCACAAGCGAUCAAUGAUAACCAUGCAGUGAGAGACUACAUUGAAAACAAAGGUGGCUGGGAGAACCUUGCAAAGAAAGAAGGACAAAAUAACCACUGAUUUUUCAUCUCUGAUGCAAAAAUACUUGUUUUACUUUGAUGCAUUAAUAAAAAUAGUGCUGGAGUAAGGACAUUAUCCCACACAAAACAAAGUA